AUGGAGGCAGCCAAGGAGACCGUGGAUUCCGAUGCCAAAACGGAGGAUCAUCGCUCCAAAUCCUCCACCAUAAAUCUCGCGGAACAUGCUGAAAAACUGGAAGGAUUGUUCGAUGAUCCAGGUUUGAUCCGGCCCAAGGUCACUGCGCACGAGGCAAUGCAGCGGCUCGCAGACGACCAUGAGAGGAAGCGUCUUUUUGUCUGCUGCGAUGGCACUUGGAACAACGCGUCCGGUGCAAGCGCACCUCUGACCAACGUGGCAAAACUGGCCAGAGCUGUAUCUCGGUAUGGUCGCGACGCCUUUCAGCUUCCAGAAAACUUGUUGGCAGAGAGUGAGCUCCCCCGCGAGAACCAACGAUACGGCGUUGUCCGUCAAAUUGUUUACUACUCGAGUGGCGUGGGCACGCAGUCGUCUUUGGCAGUCGACAGUCUGUUCUCGGGGGCUUUUGGAAAAGGAAUUGACGCCAACAUCCUGAACGCCUAUUGCUUCAUCUGCAACAACUACAACGGGCGAUCUCGCUUAGACGAGAUCAUCCUGGUCGGGUUUUCUCGAGGUGCCUUUGCUGUUCGAUGCCUCGCCCGCUUUAUCAACGAUGUCGGGCUACUUCGGCGGAAAGGCCUAGUCUUCCUCCAUUCCAUUUACAAUUCCUGGCAGAGAGCAAAGGAAAACAAGAAAGGGGCUGAACUGGAGCUGAACACCAAGCUGGACAGCUUAAGAGCCCUUCGAACGGAAGGCGCCAAGAUUCAUGUGCUUGCCGAGUGGGAUUGCGUCAGCGCAGUCAGGUCGCUCCGGCCGUGGAAGAAGAAGCUUUCGUUCCCGGUCGAUCAGGUCCCGGAAAACGUCAAGCACGCUUUCCACGCCGUCUCCUUGCACGAGAAGAGGCGGAGCUUCAAGCCCGUCCUGUGGAAAACGAAGACUGACACGACACUGUCGGCCGAACAGUGCGCUUUUGUUGGUUGUCACUCGGACAUCGGGGGUGGGCAUACCGAUCCUGGCCUGUCGACGCUGAGUCUUUUCUGGAUGAUUUCCCGAAUCAAGUCCGUUUCUGAAGCAGGAUUCGACACCGAGGGCUUGAGACCUUUUAUCACGCCCCUUAAAUCGACAAAAUUUGUGGACAAACUGUCGCCUUGGUCGUGGAAAGCACCAGUAAUGUGUCUCAAUAAUCUGGCAAUCACAAAGGGGCGAGUCAACGAAUCGCGGAAGGGCCUGUGGCUGCUACCAUAUUACCUGAGCUUCGGUCUUUUAGACGGCAGUCGCGAUGUCUUCCUGGACGAGUUUGCUCAGGCGCGAAGAAGGAGAACUGACGCUGAGGGUAUUCACACUGCUCAAUUCGACUUGCACUCUCUCCCCUCGCAAAAGAAACUAGACAAGGCUAUGGCCAAGUAUCUCAAACGUGAAGAGGCGUUUCGGGGCAAAGCGUUGCGAGAUGCAUUGGAACAAUCGGGGUUGAGAGAGGAGGCGGGUCAAGACGAACUGAAGCUCUUGAACGGCUUUAUGCUACACCAGAGGCAAUCAAACUGCGAUCUACCGCCGCAUAAGGUUGAGAAGCUGUGGCUUGAGCAGCAGAGACUCCGAGGACUUCGGCUAGAACAGCAGAUGGGGGAGAGCAUCGGGCUGCAUAUCCACUUCACCGCGCGACUGCUCCGGCCACGGCUCCCGUCAGAUUCACGGUUGCAGUGCGGCCUCUUCAAGCACUUUGAGUCGAGCGCCAGGACCCAAGAGUGGUACAAGAAGUCGUCGGACUCGCUGUCCCUCGCCGAGUCUAGCGUGUACAAGGCGGAGAAGCAGAUGCUGGACGGCUGGAUCCGGUUCGCGUAUGCGGUGAGCGAUCGUGAGAGAACGGACGGGGCGUUUCUGGAUCUUCAAGAGAUCGACUGGUCACGGAUCCAAGAAGACCUUGCAACGGCCGGCUGGGGGGAGUUUGUAGCGGGAUGCACGCACUCUGAAUCUCUGGCGAGCGUCGUUCAGGAGGAGUGGAGGAGGCUGCGAGUCUACAGCACCGAGAUUGCCAACGGUUGA